UUCAUUUAAAAGGCUAAGGGAGAGUAUUUAGGGAGGGGGAGAGGAAAAAGAAAAAAUUUAGCAGCCAUAGGAUCUAGGAGAGAGGAAAAAGCAAGAAAAAAAAAAAAGAAAAAUUUUCGCCUGCAAAAAUUCUGGAAAAAAGCUGGUGAACAAGCCGUGUUUGGAGGGGCUUUUCUCCUUCGUUAUAGAUCUGAUUUGAGUGAUUUUUCUUUCUGAACUUUGGUGAAACGGAGGGAAAUAACUUUUGUGUUGAAAGGUUUCGCUAAAAAUCAUCCUAAACCCUUCAAAUCUCGGCCCAAACUUCGCUCAUCAAAACAUUUUUCUGCAAAAAUUGAGCCAGGGCUGACCAAACAGCCCAGUUCGUCUGCACUUUCUGAAUUCAUCUGGCCUCUGUUUGGCGAAUUCCUUGUUGUUUCAUCAUCUAAGAUUGAAGUAACGAAAAUUUUAUUUUGAACAUUCCCUGAAAAAGUAUCUGAAACCCCUCGAAAUUGAGCUUGAAAUUGCAUCUUCAUCAGCACUUGGACCACUGCAGCAAGAACUUGCUUGGUUCAUUUUCCGCAUUUGGGAGCUCUUUUUUUGAGUUUCUCCACGUUGGUUCGAGUCCUCAAACAUAUUUAGAUUUGCUAGAAGUUGAAGUUUUGGUCGACUUAAAGCUUUUUCAUAUUUUUGCCUUGAAUGGAACGAGUGCAGUUGCUUAGGAACUUGCGGUAAUAUUAUCUGGGAAGGAAUUGAGUCAAAUCAUGGUUAUUGACAUAACACCAGAAUUAGACUGGAUGAUGAUAUCCGAUUAAGCCACCUUACCCUGUCCGUAAGGGAAUGAAAAAGUCAAAUUCAUUGUCUGUCAUCAGGUUGAUGUCGGGCGAAAGAAGAAGAGAAGAAGUAGAAAGGGGUCCUAAAUAGCUCCUUUGGCCUAGAGAGACAGCACAGAGAACAGAGAGCACAGUUAAUGGGGAAGUACAGGGAUAUCUUUAGCUUAUCAUUUCUUGUGCUUUUUAACAUCCUCUUCAUUUUACCGGCAUGUUGUGCAUCAAAUGACACCAUAACUCCAUCCCAACCGCUCAAGGUUGGACAAACUCUAAUCUCUGCUGGGCAAAUCUUUGAACUAGGAUUCUUCAGUCCAGAUAAUUCAAGUGGAUUGUAUGUUGGAAUCUGGUACAAAAUUGGUCCUGAUCGUAGAAUUGUUUGGGUUGCAAACAAAGGAAACGCACUCUUAGCUAGUGACUUGGCUUCAAGGCUGAUAAUCAGCAGUGAUGGGAAUCUAAAGGUUGAAGAUGGAAAGCAAAACAGUGUCUGGUCAACAAAUGCUUCUGUCUCAUCAAAUAGCUUUAUAGCGGUGCUUCAAGAUGAUGGGAACUUCAUCCUUAAAGAUAACCUUUUAGGGGCGACUCUAUGGGAAAGCUUUUCUGAUCCCUCUGAUACACUUGUAGCAACCAUGCCACUUGGAUGUUGCAGCAGGAGUGGACAGAAAUUGUUCUUGACAGCUUGGCAAAGUGAGAACGAUCCAGCACCUGGAAAGUUUGUUGUUGGACUUUCAGAUGACAAACCAGCACAGCUUUUCACAUGGAAUGGUACAAAACCAUACUGGAGAUCAGGUCCAUGGGCUGGAUGGAAGUUCAUUGGUGCAGUAGUUAAGGAUUAUGGGUAUGGAAAUGAAGCAAGUCUGACUCAAAACAAUCAGAGGGGAACACCAUCUCUGACUUUCACCCUUUUCAACAAGCCAUACAUUUCAAAUUUGGUUAUUUCACCAACAGGUGUGAUGAAGGUAAUGCAUAAGGAAGGACAAAAUGAACCAUGGAAGGUGCAUUGGGCAGCAAUUCAAACUCCAUGCGAUGUAUAUGGAGCUUGUGGACCCUUCAGUGCUUGUAGCAGCAGUGGAUCUCCAACUUGUGAGUGCCUAAAAGGGUUCUUUCCGUUGUCAAAUGAGGAAUGGAGUAAGGGAAAUUGGACAAGUGGAUGUUUGCGGCGUACAGAAUUGAUCUGCACUACGAACAGUAGCAACUUAACAUCUAAAGCAUCUAAACCGGAUGGCUUCUGGAAGCUCAUUCAGAUGAAAUUACCAGAUCAUCAUCUGUUUCUUUACAAUGAAGAUGCCCAAGGGUGUAGCCAAUGGUGCCUGAGUAACUGCUCUUGUUUGGCAUAUGCAUAUCCAGAUGGAAUCGGGUGUAUGGUUUGGGUAACAGAGCUUGUGGACAUUCGGCAAUUGUCGUACGGUGGAGAGGAUCUAUAUCUUCGGGUCGCUAAUUCAGAGCUAGGAGUAAAAAGAAGAUAUACCGAGGUCAUCAUCAGCUGCGUAGCUAUCGCAGUCGGCUUCCUCUUGGUCGUGUCAAUAUGUCGUGUUCAAAGAUGGAAAGCAAAGAGAAGAGCAGUUAUGCAUACAGACACACAUCUCAAUGAACAAAAUUCAGAGACAAGAAAUUGGUGCACGAUAAAGGGCUUCAGAAAAAACUGCAGAGUGGUCGGUCUCCUUCUGUCCGGGACUACGCGAGAGGAUAUCAAGGAAGGACCUGCCUCAGCCAGGGGGUCCUCGUCAGAGCUUUCGAUGAUCGAUAUUAAUGUGAUAAAAAUAGCUACCAACAACUUCAGUGAAGCUAACAAGUUAGGUGAAGGAGGAUUUGGCGCAGUUUACAAGGGGAAAUUAGAAGAUGGACAGCAAAUAGCUGUGAAAAGGCUUUCAAGUCACGCAGGGCAAGGCAUGGAGGAGUUCAAGAAUGAGGUCAUACUGGUAUCUAAACUUCAGCACAGGAACCUUGUAAGGCUGCUCGGUUGCUGCAUUCAAGGACUAGAAAAGAUAGUAAUUCUUGAAUACCUGAAAAAUAGAAGCUUGGACACAUUCCUUUUCGAUCGAACAAAAAGGCUGGAGCUAGAUUGGGCCAAACGCUUCAGCAUCAUUCAGGGGAUUGCCAGAGGGCUUCUCUAUCUCCAUCGAGAUUCUUGUUUAAGAAUUAUUCACAGAGAUUUGAAGGCCAGCAACAUUCUUUUGGACGAUGACAUGAAUCCGAAAAUCUCAGACUUUGGACUGGCGCGAACUUUCCGUGUCACACAGGAAUUAGCCAACACUCGCAGGGUUGUGGGAACUUUCGGUUAUAUGUCUCCUGAAUAUGCCAUGAGUGGGCAAUUUUCGGAAAAAUCUGAUGUUUAUAGCUUUGGAGUUUUGCUGCUAGAGAUUGUCAGCAGCAAGAAGAACACAGGGUUCGGUUAUCAUGAAAAAUAUUUAAACCUUCUUGGUUGUGCAUGGCAAUUGUGGAACGAGUGCAAAGCUCUAGAGUUGCUGGAUCAAUCACUGGCAGAUUCUUGCACCCCAACAGAGGUAAAGAGAUGCAUUCAAAUCGGGCUUCUCUGUGUUCAAGACCAUGCUGCAGAUCGGCCUACAAUGUCGAAUGUAGUUCUCAUGCUAAGCAGUUCUGAGAGUGAAAUGGAACUUCCUCAACCAAGACAACCUACAUUUACGUUUCAAAACUUGCAAGAAUCCGAUCGUUUUCAAUCAGCUAUUCGCUUAUGCAAUGGUUCCAUAAACGAAAUCAGUAUUUCAAUGGUUCAAGGACGAUGAAUGGUCGAUUUACACGAGAGUCAGGAGACACAACAGUAACCUUAGAGGGAUUACAAAGUUUAGCGCGUAGCAUAUGUUUUCCGUAAGCAAGAUUCAGAUUGCUUUUGGACUUAACCUGUUGAGCUACUUUUUGUAUUUUUAGCCCCAUAUGUUUUUUUUUUUUGUGGGUAAAGAAAAAGAAUCAUUUUAUUUUUGAUGUAGAACUGAAGUUUAUACACAGGGUAGCCCUUAAAUAAAAAAUUAAGGAAACAAAUUAGUAGACCUUAUCUAAAG